AGAACCCAUCACGCCAGAAGAGACGUUCACAGAGCCUCCAGGACUCGUGCUCGUGUGAAGGAUUUAGAUCAGAUACAGGAUGAUCUUCGACCGGAGAAUAGAACAAAGUUAGAGACACAGCCAUUAGACGAGGAUAAACCUGGAUUAGGUCAGCAUUAUUGUGUGGAAUGCUCGAGGUACUGCGAGACGGAGAUAGCUUUGAAGGCUCAUUUGAAAUCGAAAGUACAUAAACGUCGACUGAGAGAAUUGAAACAACCCGCCUACACAGUUGAAGAAUCUCAACAAGCCGCCGGUUUGGGUGUGGAUAAACGUCAGAGGGGUGUAGAGGAGGUAGUGAGACGGAUGGAA